AGAGCCUUUGCCGACAUUCGUAGACCCGAUCAGACCGUCCUCCCUGGCACGCACAGCGAGAAAGCUGUCGGCGACGUGCCUGAGCCGCCGAAGCUCGGCGCCGAAACUCCCGCUUCACCAAUCGAGGGCGCGCCCAUUGGCAUUCCUAGAGCUCCUCCUACCCCCGAGGCUGUCGGUGCCACUAUUCCUCCUCCUCCUCACACCUCUACGACCGGUCCCAAAGUUGUAUCUGCUCCCGCACCCAAGCCCAGACGUCGUGGUCGCUUCCGACGCUUCUUGACCACCCUCUUCCUUUUGUCAUCUCUUGGUUUCGCUGGUGGUGUCUACUACUCGCUCAUCUCGGACAACUUCCACGACUUCUUCACUGAAUACGUACCCUUUGGCGAGGACGCCGUCGCAUACUUCGAGGAGCGCGAGUUCCGCAAGCGUUUCCCUAGCCGUAAACUCGAGGACCGCCAUUACCCCCAGGUCCGCGGCGAGAACAAGGUCCAGAUCGGAAAGAACAGUGGCUUGACAGCACAGAUCAACGAUGUCAGCUCCGACACUGACCGCCGCCAUGUCAGCGCUCUUGAGCCAUCUCGCCCUCUCCAGCAACCCCAGGAGGCCACCCCUGCCGAGCGCACCGCUGCUGACGAUGUCAAGUCUGACCGCAAGCCCCAAACAACAGCCCCCAAGCCCUCGAACGCCGCUCCUAAGGUUGCCCAAGCUCCCACCACCGCUGCUACCCAGCUCGAUCUGAUGAGCAUGCCCAACGCUGCCGAGCCCGUCGUCCAGGAUGUCGUCAAAAUGCUCAACAACAUCAUUACCGUUGUCAACGCCGACCCCUCUGCCGACAAGUACGCAUCAACCAUGGCUGCCGCUAAGGGCCAAGUCGAGAAGAUUGUCGCAGAUAUUUCUACCCUCAAAGCUCAAGCCGAGAAGCAAACGGCCGACGAAAUCUCAAACGCCCACACCUUGUUCGACCACGCAGCGAAGGAGCUCGUCGGACGUCUCCAGUCUGAAAUGCAAGACCAGGAGGCCAAGUGGCGUGAGGAGUAUGAGAGCGAACGCGAGAAGCUGUCGCAAUCAUACCAGACCAAGCUCGCGACCGAGCUUGACGUUGCGCGCAAGGUUGCCGAACAGCGCACCCGCAACUCCCUGGUUGAGCAAGAGAUUGAGCUGCAGCGCCGAUUCGCCAAGAGUGUGCGCGACCGUGUCGAGGAGGAGCGCAACGGCCGUCUCGCCCGUCUCGACGAGCUGUCGAGCUCGGUUGCUGACCUCGAGAAGCUUACCGGCGAGUGGAACAAGGUCGUCGACAGCAACUUGGCUACCCAACACCUGCACGUCGCUCUUGAGUCCGUCCGCCACGCCAUCUCCAAGCACGACCACCCUACUCCUUUCAUCAACGAGCUCGCCGCUCUCAAGGAGAUCAGCAACAACAACGAGCUCGUCUCUGCUGCUGUUGCCAGCAUUCCUCCUACCGCAUACCAGCGUGGUGUCCCCAGCUCUGCUCACUUGAUCGACCGCUUCCGUCGUGUCGCUUCCGAGGUCCGCAAGGCUGCUCUUCUUCCCGAGGAUGCCGGUGUCGCUUCCCACGCCGCCUCUGCCGUCCUUUCUCGUUUCAUGUUCAACAAGCAAGGUGCCGGUAUGCCCGAGGGUGACGAUGUCGAGGCUAUCCUCAGCCGUACCCAAGUCUUCCUCGAGGAGGGUGACAUCGAUGGUGCUGCCAGAGAGAUGAACUCCCUUGGGGGUUGGGCCGGUGUUUUGAGCAAAGACUGGGUCGCUGAGUGCAGAAGAGUCUUGGAGACCAAGCAGGCUAUCGAUGUCAUCGCUACCGAAGCCAGACUCCAGUCACUUCUGGUCGAUUAG